AUGUCAGAACAAAAACCAAGCUAUGAGGUGUCCCCGGUGCUGGCCGGCUUCCUGGGCGCCGGGGUCCUGGUGGUCUCGGUCACGGUGGCAGUCUUCCUCUGGACCUGCUGCCAGCGUCGCUACCGUCAGAUGAUAGGCAGCUACAAGCUCCAAUCGGGACCCUGCGACCCGGCCGUGGACCCGCCCUACAAGUUUAUCCACAUGCUCAAGGGAAUCAGCAUCUACCCGGAGACACUCAGUAACAAGAAGAUCGUCCGCGUGGGUCGACGCCCGGGCUCCUCGCGAAAUGGCGGCGGAUCCGGCGUCGAGUGGGGUCGUAAUGGUGAGCGAGGAAGAGGGGGAGGAAGGGUGAUGCUGGUGGACGCUGACCCAGAAACGGGCCUGCUCAACGGCUCCACCCACCUGCAGAUGAGCCACCUGCUGCCUCCUGCUGAACAGCCCAGGCUAGAGCGGGCGCUGCCCAUCCGAGCCGACUACUGCUGCCUGGAGAGCAGCUCCGGAGGUAACAGCAGUAGCAGUAGCUGUGAUGCCAGCAAGACAGCCUCGCCCUUUACCCCGUGCCAGGGGGAGGGCACCACCACGCCGCACGCUGCCCUAGGCACCCUCAGCCUGUCCGUGGACUACAACUUCCCUAAGAAGGCGCUGGUGGUGACCAUUGUUGGCGCCCAGGGUCUGCCGGCCGUGGACGAGCAGGCGGGUAGCUCGGACCCCUACGUGAAGAUGACCAUACUGCCAGAAAAGAAGCAUCGGGUCAAGACCCGCGUCCUGAGGAAGACCCUGGAGCCAGUGUUUGACGAGACGUUUACGUUCUACGGCGUGGCCUACAGCACACUCCCCGACCUCACACUGCACUUCCUGGUGCUCAGCUUUGACCGCUUCGCCCGUGAUGAUGUCAUCGGGGAGGCGGCAGUGCCUCUGGCUGGGGUGGACCCCAGCACGGGACGAGUUCACAUCACCCAACAGAUCAGCAAGAGACACAUCCAGUGUGUAAGCCGUGGGGAGCUGCUGGUGUCUUUGUCCUACCAGCCUGUCACUCACAGGCUCAAUGUGGUGGUGCUGAAGGCCAAACACCUGCCCAGGAUGGACAUCACUGGCCUGUCAGGCAACCCAUACGUGAAGGUGAACGUGUUCUACAGCCACAAGCGCAUCGCCAAGAAGAAGACGCACGUGAAAAAGUGCACACUCAACCCCGUUUUCAACGAGUCAUUCAUCUACGACGUGCCCGCCGAGCUGCUGGCCGACGUCUCCGUGGAGUUCCUGGUGGUCGACUUCGACCGUACCACCAAGAACGAGGUGGUGGGCCGCCUGGUGCUGGGUGGCCAGAGUCUCAUGCCCACUGGGGUCACCCACUGGAGAGAGGUCUGCGACAACCCCCGCCGGCAGAUUGCCAAGUGGCACACCCUGGGCGAGUAUUAG